GAAGCGGCCACUACAGCGGCGGCUCGCUGUUGCGCGAGGUUGAGUUGUGUGAGCGGCGACACAAAUUCCCCGUCGCUUUCCUCUUCGGAACUGGUACUGCUCACGUCGAGAACAAUGUCUUUGUUUGGGUUUACCUUGAGAAAGUUGCGGCACUGGUAGGUGAAGUGGCCCGGGUAGCCGCACUUCUUGCACGCUGGGCGUACGGUGUCCGACGACUGGUUGGGAAUUUCGCUUCCGAUUCCAGUCCAACAAUGGGUGGCGCUGUGGGUAAACUGUUCUCCAAUGCACCGCCUGGCUCGGAACAAGGCACGCCUUGCCUUUUCUGCAACAUCGCGUCUGCGAAAGACCCGAACACCACACUGUUGUACCAGGACGAAGAGUACGUGGUAUUUCGGGACAUCCACCCGGCUUCGACUCACCACUACUUGGUGGUUCCCAAGAUGCACAUUAGGAGUGUCAAGGGUCUCACUCCAGCGGACAUACCUUUAGUGAGGCGACUGAUCGACAUUGGGCAGCAGGUACUUUUGGAGAAAGGCGGUACCCUCGAUUCUCUCAGGAUGGGCUUCCACUGGCCGCCCUUCACGAGCAUCAACCACCUGCACCUGCACAUCAUCUCGCCCAUGGAACAGAUGUCCACCCUCUCCAAGGUCAUCUACAUGCCCGGCUCUGCCUGGUUCUGUCCCGUGGACGACGCGAUAGCGUACAUCGAGCGAACGGGCACAUCACCAGAUGCGUGAUACGAUUGCAGCUGGGAAAGUUUCUGGUCUAGCGUCUUGUACCUGUAACUGCAGCAACAGAUGAGAGACAAACGCAAAACUGGCGUCUCAAAUACACAUGGGCUAUUUGACGGGCACGCCCUGGGUUAGGUAUGGAUACCACCUCCGAACAUAUCGAAAGUGACGUCACGUAUACAAGCUGUGCAUAAACGUUACUAGAUCAGCUCAGUUGCAGAACUCCCGCGGAGAAGCGAAGUUGUUGAGCGAACCGCCCUCUAUGUCCCGAGGCCGCCGCCCGUCGUUUGAAACGCCAUCUGUACACGUUUCCGAGAAAGGCUCCUGUGCGCUGCCAUUUGGAGCGACGCUGGCGCCGCGUAACAUUUCCGCCUUGUUGGGGUGCGCUAGGGAAACGCCGUUGGGGUGCACAAGAAAAAGAUUUCAGCGGCAUCGCCGGCGGCCAGCUUUAGAAACGCACUUACUGUUUCGGAAGGCAGAAGGAGGUGUCCACACAAAAUUGUAGCAUCAAAUAUCGUAGGAGGGGGCACGUAUAAGGGUUGGAGCUGACUUUAUAACGAUCGCAGCCUCUGUUCCAGCACGUCGUGGAAGCCAUAGUUGCCGCGAGCACUUUGAGACUUAGCUAUUUCUUUUUUAAUUUUUUCGGUUUGUUACUGGUUUAGGUACUUUAUUUAAUUUGUUGUGCCCUUUCGCGGUCUAAGGUACCGCAUGUAUGUUUUAGAAAUAAUGUUUAGUCUGUUUCUGGCGCUCAGUGGUGUACACUUCAGCGAGAGGCGCUCGGCAUCAUUGUACGACGAGCAGCUAACCUCGGAGCGGGGUUCGAGGAUAGGCUGGGAUCCCACUUGCAAGUGUGUAUAACUUGUGCUUGAAAACUGUAUUCUUUGGAGCGGCUACGAUGAAGUGUCGUCUAGACACUCUGCUUCAGAACCUAUGAAUUUCAUGGAGUUACCAUAACAGCAGUCUCUAAAACCGUGGCGCUCCGAACGACGGGAGGCGAACUUUCAGGGGGAGAAGGGUACUGCGCGUGGUACCCAGCGUCUAGGGACAGUGCUGCAACUGAGUUGAUCUGGUAACUUUGCCGUGCAUGAUUCCAUGCUGUGUUUUCGAGGUGCUAGUCUUGUGUUUCCCGCCAGUGUGUCGUCCUCGUGUCGAGCUCAAGAAUGUGGACCUCCAACAGCUUGCCUUCGCGCUCACCAUUUGCAAAGUCUGUCGUGUUUCUCUUUUUCAACUACAUGGGCUGCUUUUUGCCUAGUCUGCAUACGAAGCGUAUAUAUGGUUGUCAGCUGGAUGCCGGCUUCCUCCGACGAGAGUGUGGUGUGCGUUUGUCCUUAGAACAAUAACCAAUUGUGAAAGCCCACGCUGGAGCAUUUCUGAUUGUCGUCUGCCAAGCAUUUCCCAGCCCAACUUCGCGAUGUGUCCGAGAAAAAGAGAAAUCGUACUUCUCGGUGAGUGUUUUGUAUACCCCUUGUAUAACUGGGUGAUUAUAACUUUGAAUAAAUGGAAAUGUGUGUUAUUUCAGCCGA